AGCCCUAUGACACGACGAACAACAUAAAACGAUAAGGUUUGAAACAUAUAAUAGGCUAAAAGAGGAAACGAGAGCGAGAGGAGCAAUUGACAAGCAUUCACAUGACUUGUGUCGCCGAACGUGGAUAUUUCUGUGAUAGCGCACCAGUCCAAAGACACAGCAUGAGUCAAUGGAAACAAAUUCAACAGCUCCAGAUCAAAUACCAGGAGCAGGUGGGCUACCUUUAUGAUGACAACUUCCCUAUGGACAUACGGCAGGUGCUCUCCAACUAUAUUGAGAGCCAGGACUGGGAUACUGCCGCAAACCAUGAGUCCAUGGCGACAGUUCUCCUCAGCAAUCUCCUGUCUCAGCUGGACAGGCAGUGUUCUCAGGAACAGAACUUCCUACAAAGACACAACUUGAAGUUCAUCUACCAGCAGUUACAGACUAAAUGCAAAGCCAACCCUCUGCUAAUGGCCGGGGUCAUUUCCACUUGCCUCAGAGAGGAGCGUCGUAUCAUCUCCACAGCCAGCAUUCAGGAACAGGGCCCAUUGGAGAAGUCAAUGCAGAAUUCGGUGGCCUUCGAGAGACAGAAGAACAUGGACAACAGGGUGGCUGUGAUCAGGAGUAGUGUGCAGAUGAUGGACCAGGCAGUGAAAUACCUAGAAGACAUGCAAGACGACUUUGACUUCCGCUAUAAAACUCUCCAGUCUCGAGAUCCAGUGGACAGGAACACAGCGGCGAUGAAACAGGAAGUGACCCGACUGCAGGAGAUGCUCAACAACCUGGACUUUAAGAGGAAGGAGAACCUAUCUAAGAUGAGUGACGUGAUAAAAGAGAUUGAUGCUCUGAUAGUCUCCCAGCUGAACCCAGAGCUGAUGGAGUGGAAACGCAGGCAGCAGGUCAACUGUAUAGGUGGCCCACUGCUCACUGGACUGGACCAGCUCCAGAACUGGUUUACUCUGACAGCCCAAAGUCUGUUCCAGAUGAAGCGUCAGCUGGACAAACUGGGGGAGCUUAUAUUAAAGGUGACGUAUGAGAGUGACCCCAUCCCACUGCAGAGACCGCAGAUGGAGGAGCAGGUCAAAUACCUCAUCUACCACCUCAUCAAAAGCUCCUUUGUGGUGGAGAAGCAGCCAUGUAUGCCAACCCACCCCCAGAAACCACUCAUCAUCAAGACCGGGGUGCAGUUCACCACCAAAGUCAGAUUGCUGGUCAAACUUCCAGAGGUGGAUUACCAACUAAAAGUGAAGACAAUAUUUGACAAGGACCUCCCCCCUGGCAGAGUAAAUCGUCAGUUCUUCAUCCUGACUACCACCACCAAAGUAAUGGACGUGGAGGAAUCAUCCAAUGGCUGCCUGUCUGUAGAGUUUCGACACUUGCAGCUGAAAGAGAAGAAAUACGUUAAUGGAACCAAGGUGAACGAGGGUCCUGUCUCUGUGACGGAGGAGCUCCACUCCCUCAGCUUUGAGGCCCAGUUCAACAUACAGGGCAUUAACAUCGACCUGGAGACCUGCUCCUUUCCUCUAGUGGUCAUCUCCAAUGUUAGCCAACUGCCUGGAGGUUGGGCAUCUGUCAUGUGGUACAACCUGCUGACUGACGAACCCAGGAACCUGGGCUUCUUUGCCAGUCCUCAGCGGGCCAGUUGGGGCCAGCUCUCUGAGGUACUGAGUUGGCAGUUCUCCACCUUCGCUGGACGGGGCCUCAACAGGGAACAGCUGUGCAUGCUAGGAGAGAAACUCUUGGGUCAGCAAGCCUCCCAAAACGAAUGUCAGGUAUCCUGGUCCAAAUUCUGCAAGGAAAAUAUUCAUGGGAAGAAUUUCAGUUUCUGGAUGUGGCUGGAUUCCAUCCUGGAGCUCAUCAAGAAGCACCUACUUCCCAUCUGGAACGACAACUGCAUCAUGGGUUUUGUCAGUAAGGAGACUGAGAGGGCCCGUCUGAAGGACAAGGAGCCUGGGACUUUCCUGCUGCGCUUCAGCGAGAGCCACCUGGGCGGGAUCACCUUCACCUGGGUGGAGCAGUCCGAUAGUGGAGAGGCCAAGUUCAUCUCGGUGGAGCCGUACACCAAAUCACGCCUCAGCGCUCUCCCGUUUGCCGACAUUAUCCGGGACUACAAGGUCAUCGCAGACGGAGAGGUCCCUGAGAACCCACUAAAGUUCCUCUACCCAGACAUCCCCAAAGACGAGGCCUUCGGACGACUUUACAACAGCCAGCAGAGCAAAGUCUUUCCAUACAUACCAUCUAUGCUGAUCCCCAUCUCAACUUUGCAAACUACACCUCCUCCCUGCUCCUCCCCAGAACCCCCCAUGUCCCCUGGGAUGUUUGACAUGCUCACCCAGCACCUCAGCCCCUUGGAGAUUGAGACUGCCAUGAGUUCUCCGUACUCCGAGUAACACAAGAUGACCUGCAGAGUAUGCCAAGUAACACAGUCUCUACUGAAUCCCUGCACAAGUGUAAUUUUCUCUUACAUUUGAUCACAAUACAUUGCUCUUCUACCCAACUGUUAGUAUUGUCUUUGAGCCCUUUGUCAUGAAAACAAAGAUAUAAUAUUAUGUUUUGAGCAUAAAGUAGAUAUUACAAGCAAGGCGGUAUUGAAUGUGUCCAGAAUACAUCCAGCUUGUUAUGUCUCUUCUCAUAAAUUGACAUCUUUAUUACUUCUGUGCAAGCACACUAUUGCUUUCUGUUUGUGUCUGUGUGCACAAGUAAUGUUAGUAUGUUAUUAUAUAUAUAUAUAGUGUAUCAUGCCCCGCUAUCAAUAACCAAGUUUUGUACAAAUAAUACAUGUUUAUUAUCGCUUUAAUCACUUUUUGUGUUUUCAUUAGUUUACCAAUUUGAUAUUUUUGCACUUAGAGCCCAAGGUGUAAUGGUCCCAUUUUCAUUGACACGCCUUUCCACCAUCAAAAGGGUUAAACAAAAUAUGAUUUCCCGCUUUCAACUGUCUUUACCACUGAAUAAUAGUAUACCUGUAGGUAAUAAUAAUAAAUAAUAAUUCAUGAAACUUUUAAAGUGCUAUUCAUUACAUGAUAGUAGGGUUGAAUAGUGGGAACCCGGUUAGCGAGAUUUAUCUCCCAAAUCCACUCCCUUUCCCAGGAUAAAUAACUGCAAGAAACCCGUACAUUUUUAUACAGUUUUAUAUGAACAGCAUGGUGUGAAAUGGAACUGUUGAAUGAUAUGUGAUGACAGACAGUACAUCUCAGUAUGGAGCACAGUUCACAAUGCAUGUAGACCUAAUCAUCUCAUCACGAUCACUUUUUUUCUUGUCAAAGGUAGGCCUACAUUUGCCGCAGCGUAGUCUAUGACACAGUAAUAUAAAGGCCGAAUUUGCCUCAAAUUUACCCAUCUCCAUCUGGCUUUCAGGGGUCACCUUGUUUUUUAAUUGUAAAGAUUAUUAUGUGUUUAAUUGCAGCUACAGAGUUUUAAAGCAGCCUGUCACUCAAAUAUCUUGCUUUAAAUCAGUGUAUGCCCCAGAAGCUCUCUAUCUUACUUUCUCUCCAUCAACUCCAUUCAAAUUGCAUCCAAAACAGACAAUCCUGUUGAAUAUUGAUAUAUAGCCCUAUAUAUAGAUGUCCUAGCCUACCUCUUUUAGGUAAAGAAUUCAAUGCAGUUAUUAGCCUUAUAUUUAGCAAAUUAAUGAUGGUUAUGCAUAGUAAGCUUCUAACUUAUGGCCUCUGUCUCUUGCGCAAUACCUGUGCUCAGCUGGCCUUUCCUUAAAAAACUCUCCUUAGCUCUUGGAGUCCCCUGCAGGAAAGCUAGAAUAGCUUGCUGGACCAUGUUUUAUUUUUAGCAUUUCUUAUACCAAUAGACUAUUCUAAAAAGCUAGCAAGCUUUUUUUGCUGACUGUUAAAUACAGCAGCCAAUAGAACAGCAGCAGCCAGUGAACACGCGAUGGCAGUAGGCUAUAGGAGUUAUUUAUUCAGACCCAUAACCAUUCAAUCUUUGUGAAGACAAGUGAAGGCCUUCUGUAUCUAAUUCUAGUCCUAUAUUAUUCAAGGAUGACAUUAGAAUGAUAAGAUAAGGACAACUAAACAUAUUUCAUUUAACUGUUGAAAGCGAGGAAGGAAUGAAGCAACAUUAGAGAGAGGAAGAGGAGGUAGGCUAAUAGCAUUAGGGAAAAUAUUAUCAAAGGUAUAUACUGUAUAUGCAUCAGCCUACUAAUUAUACAAAUAGGCCCUAUCAUAUUUCAAAAUUAAAAUCUAAUUCACUAGCCUAUACUUGUAACUUUGUAGCCCGCAUGUGGUUCAUCAGAAUUGCAUGUUCUCUUCUGCUUUAUCAUGGCUUGAAUGAUGUGCGUAAUUCCAGCCCAUAUAAUACAGUAUAAUACAAUACAGUACAGUAAUACAGUUCACACUCAAAAAGAUUUUACCUACAGGAGCUAGUUUCAUGUAUUUGCCCAAGAGAGCAUAUAGCUGGCUACAUCUAUGGGCUUUUUUUCUGUUGUGCGUAAUGUGCUUUAGCCUAUAUCGUAUAUGUGUUGGAUAACGGCACAAUAAUUUGAUAUUUUUGGGGGCUUGGGCUCAUUAGAUGUCGUUCAUGUGGGGCUCAUAAAAUGUAGACUAUUUCUUAUCAGGCUCAGGUAGCAUCAGGUUUGGAUUUUCAUGUGGAUCAAAGCUCUUUUAUAUGCUUUAUAAUGGUUUUGAAUGAUACGGGAAAUACCGGGUUACCCAGGAGAAAAGUGAUUUUAUUCUCAGGAUGGAACAUUUGUAAAGUACCGGGAACAUAUUCAACUCUACAUGAUAGUAAUGGUCCAUGGUCAACACUCACAGUGGAUGUGUCACGUAUCAAUACUGCACUGGACAAAGCAAUAAAAGUCAUCAGAUUUGCUCUCCUUGAAUAAAGGUCACCUCCUUGGAA